UUCAGGACUAGCUAGCUCUCUCGGCCGUCUCCCCACCCCAUCGCCCGAAUUAGCAAGUGUGUGAGAGAGAUCUUGAGGGGCAGGCAUGGGUCUCCCGCUUGAGCAGUGGCGCGGCAGCGAGGAGGCGGACAGCGGCGGCGGCAAGCAGGCGGAGGCCUCCGGGUGCAGGACGCCGAGCGGCUCCAAGGCCCGCGCGGCUGCCGACGGGGGCUGCCCCGCGCCUCCUAGGAAGAGGAGGGCCGCGCCCGGGGCCGUCUCGCAGCAGGGCGGCAGGGGCUUCUACGCCGGCGCCGACGUCGAAGCCUUCUUCGCCGCCAACAACCUCUAGUCUAGAGUCUAGACCCUAUCUAGCAGCAUGCAACUCCAAACUCCUCGGCGCCGACGAUGAUCUAGCUUCUGUGUAUGGUGCACCAGGUUGGGGUGCGUAGUUAACUAGCUAGCUGAGUGAUUUACCUAAGUAUGUAAGUUAGUUACUUCUAUGAGCUUGUGGUCGAUCGGUGCAUGCGUAAUGCCGCAGCGGCAGUGGGUUAGUAGUGUAGUAUAUGUCUACGUACGCUCAUCUGCAUAUUUCUACUAGUUUGUGUGUGUCAACGGCAGUCGUCUGGUGCGUGUCUUCCGACCGUUUCUGUAAGAUAUAUUUGUGAACUAGGUGGAGUUUUUGUUUGCCUUUA